AAUAACAUCAGUUCUUCCCCCUCCGAUGUGUUACUCUCUGUCUCUGAUUUCUCUGUUUAAUCUCUCCCACCCCGUAAGCCCUCUUUUCGGUUCCCUCUCUGUUUACUCUCUCCAUCGCUCAUUUCGCUCUCUCUGUGUUGUAGGGUAACUCAUUUGACCAGUGGAGGUCGUGGCUUUCAUAGUCUCUGUUUCGAAGUGCCGCCGAGGACGUCUCCAAUGCCUUAGAUAGCGUCGUUUUGCUCUAAAUUUGAUGGGCCAUCGCACGAAAUUAGGUAUAGUAUUUUCGAGUUUCCGUCUGGUAUUUUGCAUUGUGCCGUUGUGACAUGAACUACUGGUGUUAGUUUGCAGUAGUUUUAUUGAUGUUUGUGUUGGACUUGUGAUUUUUGGGCUAUGUGGUUGUGAUUGGAAGUUUUAUGUGAAGUGUGGGAAUGGAUUUGUGGCAUUGGAUUGUGAAUUUGUGUAGUGGUCGAGUGCCCGUGUGCAAUGUUGGAAUAAAAUGUAUAGUGGUGAUGUGGUGGUUGUGCCUGGUGAAGUGUUGAGAUAAAAUGGGUAUUGGCGACGUGGUAGAUGUGCCGUGCGAAGGGUUAGGAUAAAAUUUGUAAUGUGAUUUGACGUUGUGGUCAGUGGUGGGAUAUGGAUGAGGUUCGGGAAGUUAUACUUUUUGUGGAUGGGAGUUGAGUAGCAACUGCGUUGGAGGAAUUGGAACCACAGAAUUUGUUGUCAUGGAGUUGUUUAGUUAUGUUGUUUAUCUUAGAUGUGACAGGUUAAUUGUAUUAAUUUAUAGUGUGUUUCAAAGUCCCGCCAAAUCUUCAUGUGACCGUUUGAAUUUAACAACUUGAAAAAUGUCUAACAUGACUGUGUUUUCCUUGUCUUCCCUCUUGAGAAAAUGUGCUCUACUCCCUGCAAUUUCCCAAACUAAGCAAACUCAUGCCCAAAUCCUCUUUCAUGGCUUCCUUACCAACGUGACCCUUCAAACCGAUCUCUUACUGGCCUAUUCUAAAUGUGGCUUUCUCCAAGACGCUCGCCAAGUCUUUGACAAUAUGUCUGAGAGGAAUAUGCAUUCUUGGAACAUCUUGCUUGCUUCAUAUGCGAAUAAUUUUCUUUAUUCGGAUGUUAUUCAUGUUUUCCUUGAGUUUCUUAAAAUGGGUAUUCGACCUGAUCACUAUACUUUUCCUCCGGUAUUUAAGGCAUGCGCUGGAAUCGGAGAUGCUUAUCUGGGUAAGAUGCUUCAUGGUUGGGUGGUUAGGCUUGGAUUUGAGCAAUACGUUGUUGUGGGAAGUUCAGUUUUGGAUUUUCAUUUAAAAUGUGGGAAUUUAGUUGAUGCAAGGUGUGUAUUUUCAAAUAUGUCGUCUAAAGAUUCUGCUGUUUGGAAUUUGAUGAUUUCUGGUUCUGGUAGGGCUGGCUUCUAUGCGGAUGCUUUAAAUUAUUUCAGAGGCAUGCUUAAUGAAGGGAAAAAGAUGGACUCUAUGAUGAUUCCUAGCAUUUUGAAUGCUUGUGGAGGGGAAGGAGACUUGAUAAAAGGGAAGGAAAUUCAUGGGCAAGUAGUUAAAAGUUUCAUAUUUGACGGAGAUGUUGCAAUUGGUAAUUCAUUGAUUGAUAUGUAUGCUAAGUGUGGAUGCUUGCAUGACUCAGAAAAGGUUUUCAGGAACAUGCGUGAGCUGAAUUUGAUAACUUGGACCACAAUGAUAUCUUGUUAUGGUGUUCAUGGGAAAGGAGAGGACUCGCUGGCUUUGUUUAAGAAAAUGAGAGAUUGUGGGUUUAAACCUAACUAUGUCACACUAACAGCAGCUCUGUCUAGUUGCAGCCACUCAGGUCUUAUUGAUCAGGGCCGGAGGAUUUUCAACUCAAUAAGUUUUGAUUAUGGGUUGGAACCCAGUGUAGAGCACUAUGCUUGUAUGGUGGAUCUUUUAGGUCGUUUUGGGUAUCUAGAGGAGGCAAUUGCAUUGGUUAAAAAUAUGAAGCCGGCGACAACAGCAAGUGUUUGGGGUGCCCUACUUGCGGGUUGCAUGAUGCACAAGAAUGUUGCAAUUGGAGAAAUUGCAGCACUUCAGCUCUUUGGAUUGGAGCCUAGAAACUCUAGCAAUUACAUAGCUUUGUGUAGUAUCUAUGAUUCUCUUAGCAUACGGGAUGGUGUGUCACUAAUAAGAGCAAAGAUGAGGAAAUUGGGUUUGGUUAAAACUCCUGGUUGUAGCUGGAUAACCAUUCAAGGAAAAAUCCAUAAGUUCUAUCAAGGGGACCAUUCUCAUCCUCAAAGUCUGGAGUUACACGAAAUGUUAGAUAGGAUAAUACAGGCAUCAGUAUGACCUGGUGAUUGCAGACUGGGAAACUGCAUCUGAGUACAACCGUAGGUUGUUAAUUCAGUGUUCUUUGCAACAACACUAUUACCAUAUUUUCACAUCUCUACCUGCUAUUUGGGUUGGGAAUACAACCAAAUCUUUUUUAGUUGCAUAAUGCACUGCUGGAGGCUUCAUUCAAUUUAUGCAAACACAACUUGCACGUCAGCAUGAUCCAUGAAUACAAAUAUACAAGCUAUCAGACCAUCUGUACAUUGAAAUUUGGCUAGGCUUUGGACUUUCAGACCCCUCCUUUCAAGGCAAACUCCUUAAACCUGCCCAUAGAUACCAUAUUAUUAUUUUAAGAAAAAUCCUUUACCUUUAAGGACAUUCAUUCGUUCACAGCUUAUUUGCUUGAAUGUCAGGUCUUGUCCUGCCAAUUUCUUACCUUCUGGCAAGCGGCUUGUACUGCUUCUCAUUCCUGACGGCGUUUUGCUCAAGAUGGUAAUGAAUAGACCCAGAAGAGGAUGCUGCCGCUUUAAUAGCUUGAAGAUGAUCCUCUGCAGAUUUAAAAUGUGGACCAUCCCUCAUUUUUCAUUUUACACGAUCUCUUCCUCAAUGGGCAUGUCCUCUUUGAUCAAUUGAACCUUAACUCGCUUGCCAUGUGGGCCCGGUAUAAUGGCUUCCUGGACCUUUCUAUGUUCUUCAGUAAUUAUUAUCUCAGUUUUCCAAUAGUUCCUUUCUUCCUGUUCUUAAUGAAGCAGCACAGAACAACUGAAAGGAAUGCAAGAAAGAAUGGACCACCAAGUGAGACGAAGACAACUACAAUAAUAGUUGAAUGGUGUCCUGAGGGAGGUGGAACAAGAGGUGGUGAUGGAGAGAUAUGAUGAGGUGGUGGUGUCAUGGUUGGUGAAGGAGGUGAGAUUGAAUGACGGGGCGGUUUUGCUGCUGGAGGUUGGUGAGUAGAAAGAAUGAUGGGGUGGUGUUGUCCGUUGUGGUGCAAUGGGGCCAUGGGAUGGGGUUGCUUAUGGAGGGGAUGGAUUACCAUGACAUAGUGCUACCUUUGGAGUAGAGGGAAAGUUAGGGGGUGGGUCCACUUUUGGAGGUAUUGGAGAAUUAUGAAGAGUCGGUACUAUGGGAGGGAAUGGAGGGUAUUGGUGGGGAAAUGGUGAGGAAAAAAUGGAAAAAAGUACUCUUCAAAUUUGUAAGAGCCAUUUCAAUGUUUUAAGUAUAGAAUUGUGCUAGUAUUCUGCCUAUUCGCAGGCCUGAUUAACUGUUUUGAAUACUUCUAAUCUUUCGAUUACUUUGACCCCCAUGCAAGGAUUUUGCAGAAGUGUCAUUGAAUGCAUCGAGAGAUAUUUCUUAGUUUAAUUUAUUUAGUUUUCCCUUUCCAUAGAUUUGCUAACCCAUUUGUAAGCCUCUUGGUAAGAAACCAUACAGCUGGAUCGACUCUUUGUUUUUUUUGUCAAAUGGAUUCGAUCAUCAUUUCAAAGGAUUUCCU